UGGGAAAUCCACGCAACUUAUUAGUCGAACUUCACGAAGAAUCUUCAUCUCAGAUCUUAAUUCUCCAAACCCUGAUUUAAACAAAUUAUGAAAUAAGGUUCAAUAAACAUAUACUCCUUUUGAUCCGAUCAGUGUGUAGCGGAGCUUGGGUUUCGGGGAAGCUAUGGUUGGUUGGAGCUAUUCUUUGCUUAUCUGUGGAUGGUUACGUUUACGUAGCUGUUAGCUGGGCCCACGAGCUGGUGUGCCAAGGAGGCAUGAACAUCGUCAAAGGUGUUGCAGACCUCUUUUGGAGGACUUCGAAUCCCCAAAGUGCAGAAUGUGGUUCACCCUCACAACCUGGGAGGUUUUCACCCCCAACUCCUGAGAUCAUUUUCAGUGAUGUAGGUGAUGAGGCAAUUUUGAAGGAAUUACUGGAAAGAUAUACAAAUGCUGUUGAUGAGGUGGAAAAGCGAAAAUUGUUCCAUAUUUUUCUGAAGCAGUUCUUGACAGUAUUCCGGGAUUGGAAACCAUUUAACCAGGGUACUCCAGAGGAAGCACUUACUGAUUUACCUACACGAGAUGAUGUGGAUGUGGUGGCUGGUUGCUAUUUUGGUCACCCUGCUGAAAUAAUUCUGAUCUUCAUAGGGGAAGUCACAUACAUAACUAAAUUGCUUACAGACAAUCAAGGGAACAUUACCACAAGCCUGAAUAUACCAAAUGAAUCAUGGAUGGCCUUAGAUGCUUUGACCCUUGUGACCCUCUCUAUUCAUAAUUGUAAGGUUUUUGGUUACCAUGCUGGAAUUCAGAAGCUUACAGCUUUGAUGAAAGUUACUGUUGUCCAACUUAAGACUGUUACUAGUGUUCUUCCAACGGAUGAGAGUUUGUCAAAUGCUAUGGUAGAAAAUGCUGGAGUUUUGCAGAAGAUACUCAUUCAUGUGGUUUCCAUCAUCUGCAACUUCAUUGAUUUUCAUUCAAGUACAGCAGAAAAUGUACUGAUCAGAAGUACAGGCAUGGAUGUUUUUGCUGGAAAGAGCAAAGAAACAUAUAAUGACCCUUCUGUUGCUGUAAAAUCUCCUGCUUCUGACACAAAUUUAUCUUGGCAUGAAACAACAGUUGUUUCAGUCAUGGAAGCUGGUGGUCUUAAUUGGUUAUUAGAGAUAUUGCGUUUGAUCAGGAGAUUGAUAAUUAAAGAACUGUGGCCUGAUAUUUCCCUUCAGCACAUGACUCUCAGAGCUCUUCGGUCAGCUUUGGUGGAUAAUCCACGUGGUCAGAAUCAUUUUAGAAGUAUUGGAGGUUUGGAAGUUCUCUUGGAUGGACUGGGAGUUCCUUCAAUUGAUAGCUUGGUUGUGAGUGAUUCAGCACACUGUGAGGAAAGGAAGAAAAAUCCACUGCAGGAUAUUUUUGAUAUUCAUGUUCUGUCAUUGGAGGUUCUCAGGGAAGCUAUCUUUGGAAAUCUCAACAACUUGCAAUUUCUUUGCGAGAAUGGAAGGGUACAAAAAUUUGCAAAUAGCUUUUGUUCCGUAGCUUUCAUGCUUCAAGAGUACAAACAGCGCAAGGUCUCAUCCAACAAAGAUUCUGUUAAUGAGUUUGAGGGAAGAAAAGGACAAGCUUCAGAAGUUUUUGAAGAACUUGCACACCUGUUGCCUCCAUUUCCUUCUGAUCCAUUUUAUUCACAAAGUUGGAAAGAUUAUGUUGCCAGAUUGAGUGAAGCUCUUUGCUAUUUCCUUCUUGAUGCAAAAGAAACUGCACUCUGCCAUGCUGUACCAGCUAGCAGCAGAAUUGCCACCUUGGUUCCUGCAGUUUAUGCAGGGCUUUCUGUGAAGUGGUUCACAAGAGCGCUUCUGACAAUUUUCCCUUGUAUCAAGGCUUGUUCAGAUCAGGAAGAGAUUCCUAGCCACUUAAGGAUCUUUGCCUGCACAAUGCAACAUUAUAUUCUUUUUGCAUUUAAGAAGGUUCUUCUUUCAGCACCAUCAUUGAUUGAUGUCUUCCGUGCUGAAGGUGUGUGGGACUUUAUCUUCUCUGAGAACUUUUUCUACUUUGGUCCAGCUCCUGCGGAAUACUUUGGGGACAAUUCUAGUAGGAAUGAGGUUUCUCUAGUAGAUGAUGGAGGAUUUUAUGAUUCAAGUAAUUUUGAGGAUGGACCAAGUGCUAAAGAAGUUGAACCUAUCCAAGUUGAAGUAAUAUCGUUCAUGGAAUUUGCAGCAACUUUAAGUGGGAGUUCCCAUAACUUGCCUGAAUGUACUGUUUUGGUGGAUGCUCUCGAACAAUCUGUCUGUAAUCCUGAGCUUGCCACUGCCCUGGCAAAUAGCCUGCUUCAUAUACUGAAACUGUCAUCCGAGAAAACUGUUUCUUCAUUCAAGAGACUUGCAGCCAUUCCUCGGGAGCUCAAAGUUGCCUGUAUCCUGGUCCAGGAGUCUAAAAGGCCCAUAACUCCAGUUGCUUUUGCAGAAACCACUACAAGAGGUGUGGCAUCUCCUCAAAGCCAGGGACUGCCUUAUUCACCUGUGCUGACUGAGGGUUGGGGAAAAUGUAUCAAGAAAUUCCUGGAACUGUUUGCAGAGUACUUCUCAGCAUCAGACGAGGCAAAGCUGUCCAUUUUGUGUAGUUCCUUAUGUAUCAGUUGUAUAUUUGACUUGUUCUGGGAAGAAGAUCUCAGAGAUCUUAUGCUUACUUACGUUUUUGAUCUUAUGAAGGUAGUUCCAUCUUCUGAAGAGGACCGCAAGGCAAAAAGUUUCCUUUGCUCCAAGUACUUGGAGACAUUUACACAUUUGAAAGAACGGGUUAAGAACUUUGCAGAUUUGUCAAUUGAGUUGCUGGUCGGGACGAGAGAGAUUCUACUAACAGAUCAAAAAUACUUCCAAAUCUUGUUCCGAGAUGGUGAAUGCUUCUUGCAUGUUGUAUCUUUGUUGAAUGGAAAUCUGGAUGCUGAAAAUGGAGAGAAACUGGCAUUAAACGUUAUUCAAACUCUGACUUCAUUGCUGUCACAGAAUGAUGAUUCAAAGGCUGCUUUUAGGGCCCUUGUUGGCAAGGAUUAUCAGACUUUAAGGAGUUUGCUGCUGGAUUUCUGCCAAUGGCAGCCUAGUGAAUUACUUUUAAGUGCUCUGCUCGAUAUGCUUGUAGAUGGAGAUUUUGAUCUCAAAGUGAAUUAUGCCAUUAAGAAUGAAGAUGCUAUCUUGCUGUAUCUCAGUGUUCUUCAAAAGAGCAGUGACUCAUUGCAGCAACAUGGGCUGGAUAUGUUCCUACAGCUGCUAAGAGAUUCUCUGUCUAAUCAAGCAUCAUGUGUUAGAGCUGGAAUGCUAGACUUUCUUCUGAAUUGGUUUUCAGAAGAAAAUUGUGAAACUAUUGUUUGGAAAGUUUCUUGGUUGAUUCAGGUUGUUGGCGGGCAUAGCAUAUCUGGAAAGGAUAUCCGUAAAAUAUUUGCUCUGCUUCGGAGUGAGAGAGCUGGUCAACAGCACUUAAGAUCAUUACUCUUAACGAGCAUGUUAGCAAUGCUUAAUGAGAAAGGGCCAACAGCGUUCUUUGACCUUAAUGGUGCUGACUCUGGCAUAGUAAUCAAAACCCCAGUUCAGUGGCCUGUGAACAAAGGAUUUUCUUUUACAUGUUGGCUCAGGAUAGAAAGCUUUCCUCAAAAUGGACCAAUGGGCCUCUUUAGUUUUCUUACGGAAAAUGGACGGGGAUGCUAUGCUGUUCUUGGAAUGGAUAAGCUAAUAUAUGAGUCAAUUAAUCAGAAAAGACAAUGUGCAUCUAUGAGUUUCAACCUUGUCAGAAAGAAGUGGUACUUUUUCUGUUUAGUGCAUUCUGUUGGUCGAGCAUUUUCUGGGGGAAGCCAGCUGAAGUGUUAUUUGGAUGGUGUUCUUUUAUCCUCAGAAAAGUGCAGAUAUCCAAAAAUCAGUGAACCAUUGACGACCUGCACAAUUGGCACUAAAUUCAAGCAACCAAUGUACGAGGACGAGAAUGUCAUGCAUUCUGUCAAAGACGCUUUGCCAUUUUGCGGCCAGAUAGGUCCAACAUACUUGUUCAGCGAUGCUAUCCCUGCUGAACUUGUACGGGGAAUUUGUUCUUUAGGACCAAGUUAUAUGUAUUACUUCCUUGAUAAUGAAAUUUCAGCAUAUGUGGAUAACUUUCUGCCUGGUGGAUUUCUUGAUGCUAAAGAUGGGCUUGCAUCAAAAGUCAUAUUUGGACUUAAUGCGCAGGCAAGUAUUGGUAGGACAUUAUCCAAUGUCUCACCAAUUGCGGACCAUGCAAAUGAUAAGAGGACUUUAGAAGCUACUGUAUUGGGUGGAACACAGCUCUGCUCUCGACGGCUUUUACAGCACAUUAUUUACUGUGUUGGGGGAGUUUCUGUAUUUUUUCCUCUCUUAAAACAGCCUGGGAUGUAUGAAAAAGAUGGAAGCGAACAGAAUGAUAAGAUGUUGCUACCUCCUAUUACUCUGGGAAAUUUAACUGCUGAAAUUAUUAAGCUAAUAGCAUCGGUCUUGGAUGAUAAUUUAGCCAAUCAACAGCAGAUGCUAUUACUUUCUGGAUUUUCAGUAUUGGGAUUUUUGCUGCAGCAAGCUCCAGCCAAUCAGCUAAAUCUGGAAACACUUUCAGCAUUAAAGCAUUUAUUUGGUGUUGUUUCUAAUGGUGGCUUGUCUGGGUUGCUGGUAAAAGAUGCUAUAUCUUAUGUCUUUCUAAACCCUCAUAUCUGGGUCCACACAGUUUACAAGGUGCAACGCGAGCUAUACAUGUUCCUUAUCCAGCAAUUUGAUAAUGAUCUGAGGUUGCUCAAGAGUCUUUGUAGGCUUCCUCGUGUUCUUGAUAUUAUUCGGCAGUUUUACUGGGGCAAUGCUGAGACCAAACGUGCUGUCAGGAGCAAGCAGGCCUUGACAGACCAAAUUGUCGGAGAGAAACCUGACAGUGAAGAAGUACAUAAAAUCCGUCUUCUUUUAUUGAGUCUUGGAGAGAUGAGUCUCAGGGAGCAUAUAACAGCAUCUGACAUAAAAGCACUCAUUGCGUUUUCUGAAAUCUGUCAAGAUACGGCUUGCAUUGAAGACAUCUUAAAUAUGAUCAUACGUGCAGUUUCUGACAAACAACUCCUUGCUUCCUUUCUGGAACAAGUGAACAUAAUUGGAGGUUGUCACAUAUUUGUAAAUCUUCUGUCCAGGGAUUUUGAGCCAGUUAGACUGCUUGGGUUACAGUUUAUUGGAAAACUUCUUGUUGGUCUUCCUUCUGAGAAGAAAGUGUCCAAAUUUUUCAACAUUGCAGUGGGGAGAUCUAAAUCUUUAUCUGAAGGUCAUAAGAAAGUCAGCUUAGUUACUCAAACAUUUUUUUCCAUAGUAUCAGACAGGAUCUUCAAAUACCCCCACACAGACCUUCUGUGUGCUACACUGUUUGAUGUUCUCCUAGGUGGUGCUAGCCCAAAACAGGUUUUGCAGAAGCAGAACCGACCUGAUAGACAGAAAAAUAGCAGGAAUAAUUCUGAGUUCUACCUUCCUCAAAUAUUACCUCUCAUUUUCAAAUAUUUGUCAGGUUGUGAGAAUCGCACUUCAAGAGUGAAAAUCAUGGGUGAUUUAUUAGAUCUACUAGAUUCAAAUCCUUCAAAUAUUGAAGCUCUUAUGGAAAAUGGGUGGAAUUCUUGGUUGUCAGUCUCCGGAAAGCUUGACGUGUUAAUAAAUUACAAAGUGAAAAUAGGAACUCGUGAUGAUUCUGAAAUAGAUGAGCAACAGAUGGUGAAAAGUAUUUACAGUCUUGUGCUUUCUCACUAUGUUCUUUCCGUGAAAGGUGGCUGGCAGAAUUUAGAAGAGACUCUGAACUUUCUGCUUAUUCAAAGUGAACAAGUUGGCAUCUCGUAUCAGUCAUUUGUUCGUGAUAUAUAUGAAGAUUUGACCCAGAAGCUAAUAAACUCAUCUGCUGAAGAAAAUAUUUUCAUCUGUCAGCCAUGUCGAGACAACACAUUCUACCUUGUAAAGCUAGUCGAUGAAAUGCUCAUCUCUGAAUUAGAUAAUCGGCUUCCGUUUCCAGCAUGCAGCUCCAAGUUUUCUUCUCAUUUUCCAGAACUAGAUAACUGCCCAGACUUUAAUGAUGCUUUAGUUGAAGCCUUGCAGGGAGAGCCUGCCAAUAACUUACCUGGGAAUUAUGGGAUUCAUUUCUUAAAUGAAGAUGAAAAAAUCUGUGAUGAGUGGUGGAAUUUAUAUGACAACCUUUGGAUUAUUAUCAGUGAAAUGAAUGGAAAGGGACAGAGCAAGAGUUUACCAAUGGCUUCAUCUUUUUUAAUACCAUCUUUAAGCCAAAGAGCCCGUGGCUUGGUAGAAUCAUUUAACAUCCCAGCUGCUGAGAUGGCUGCAGCUGUGUCAGGGGGGAUCAGCAGUGCACUAGUUGGAAAACCAAAUAAAGCUGUUGAUAAGGCUAUGCUCUUAAGAGGGGAAAAAUGCUUAAGAUUCGUUAACCGAUUAAUGAUCCUCUAUCUUUGUAGAACAUCACUUGAGAGAGCAUCUCGUUGCGUCCAACAAGUUGUUCCUGCUUUGCCUUUCCUUUUGACUCCUGAUGAUGACCAGAGCAAGAGUAGGCUGCAACUUUUUAUCUGGUCCUUGCAUUCUGUUAGGUCACAGUAUGGAAUGCUUGAUGGUGGAGUUCGUAUUCAUGUUAUAUCCAGAUUGAUACGUGAAACUAUCAAUUGCGGGAAGUCAAUGCUAGCUACAAGCAUCAUGGAUAGUGAUGAUUUGUCUGAUUUAGGUAGUACGUCAAAGGAAGGGAACUCUAUAUUGAAUUUCAUCCAGAAAGAUCGCUUUCUCGGCGCGGUCGCGGAUGAGGUCAAAUACAUUAAGAGUGUGUCAGUGGAUCGAAAUUUGCAAUUAGAUGAGCUGCGAAGUAAAAUGGAAGAAAAUAUGUCUAUAGAAUCUACUCAAAAGAAAGCUUCUGAGGACCAGAUACAGAGUAGUUUAAGUGCCAUUCUUUCUUCCGAUGAAAGUAGAAGAUCUUUUUGCCAGCUCUCUUUGGAUGAAGACCAGCAAAUUGUAUCUGAGAAGUGGGUUCAUAUGUUCCGCUUGCUAAUUGAUGAAAGGGGUCCAUGGUCUGCUAAUCCGUUCCCCAAUAGCAUAGAUGCACAUUGGAAACUUGAUAAGACCGAGGACGGAUGGCGCCGUAGGCAAAAGUUAAGACGGAAUUAUCAUUUUGAUGAUAAGCUUUGUCAGCCUUCCUCCACUUCAUCUAACAAUGAGGAACUUCUUUCUGCCAAUGAUAGCAAAUUUGGUUCGGGGAGUGUCACCUUGGAGAAAAUGAAACAAUUUUCUGUUAAAGGAAUUCAAAGAAUUACUGACGAGGGAUCUUCAGAGCCAAAUGAAAACGAGGAUGAAUCUAGCCAGCAACAGAUUGUUGAGAUUGAGGAUACAUCAGGCAGACAAGAGGUGACAAGAGAAAGUACUGAGCAGGAAAUUAUGCAAGAUAGAGAAGAUUACCCGCCGGUAACAGAAUCAGUGACCAGCGAGGUUCUAAUGGAAGUACCCUGUGUUCUUGUAACACCAAGGAGGAAAUUAUCUGGGCGAUUGGCAAUUAUAAAGAAAUCCUUACAUUUCCUUGCUGAGUCUUGUGUUGAAGGUACAGGAGGAUCACCCGUUCAGAAACCUGAACAUUCUGGAGGACCUCAGAGGCAGAAGUUUCUAAAAUGGCCCACAAGUUUGAAUGGAGAUAUUGAAAGACUAGGUUACCCAGAGAAUUUUGAUAUAGUUAUUGGAGACAGAUGUCAGAAUCAGCAUAUAAGUAUUAAGCGUCACCGGUGGUGGAACAUACUAGAUGUUAAGGCUGUCCAUUGGACUCGGUUCUUGCUGAGAAACACUGCAGUAGAGAUCUUCUUUGUUAACUCUAUUGCACCAAUAUUUUUGAAUUUUGCUUCUCAAAAAGAUGCGAAGGAUGUCGGAAGUUUGAUAGUGAAAACCAGAAAUGAAUCUACGUUAAAGGGCUACAAGGAAAAGACCGGAGUUAUUCCUUUUGUUGACAGACGCGUAGCUCAGGAAAUGGCAGAAACCGCUAAGGAAAGAUGGAGAAGAAGAGAGAUGACUAACUUUGAAUAUCUGAUGAUUCUCAAUACCCUUGCAGGAAGGUCAUACAAUGAUUUAACCCAGUAUCCCGUCUUUCCUUGGAUAUUGGCGGACUAUACAUCUGAAACUCUUGAUUUGAAACAAUCAGCCACUUUCAGAGAUUUAUCAAAGCCUGUUGGAGCCCUCGAUCCAAAACGAUUUGAGGUUUUUGAGGAUAGGUACCAUAACUUUGUAGAUCCUGAUAUUCCCAGUUUCUACUAUGGAUCUCAUUACUCAAGCAUGGGUAUAGUGCUGUAUUACUUACUUCGGUUAGAGCCAUUUACAGCCCUCCAUCGCAGUCUGCAGGGUGGUAAAUUUGACCAUGCAGACCGCCUCUUUCACAGCAUUGAAAGCACAUACCGAAACUGCCUUACAAAUACAAGUGAUGUGAAGGAAUUGAUUCCUGAAUUCUUUUACAUGCCAGAAUUCCUAAUGAAUUCAAACUCGUACCAUUUUGGAGUAAAACAAGAUGGGGAACUAAUACGUGAUGUUUGCCUCCCCCCAUGGGCAAAGGGCUCAGCAGAAGAAUUUAUCAGCAAAAACAGGGAGGCCCUUGAAAGUGAGUAUGUUAGUUCAAACCUUCACAACUGGAUUGAUUUGGUGUUUGGUUACAAACAGCGUGGAAAACCAGCAGUUGAGGCUGCAAAUAUUUUUUAUUAUUUAACCUAUGAAGGAGCUGUAAACAUGGAUAACAUGGAAGAUGAUCUGCAAAGAUCGGCCAUAGAAGACCAGAUUGCUAAUUUUGGUCAGACACCCAUUCAGAUUUUUAAGAAGAAACACCCAAGGCGGGGGCCUCCAAUCCCAAUUGCUCAUCCUCUGCGAUAUGCUCCUGGGUCUAUCAAUUUAACCUCUAUUGUUCCAUGUUCAAUUAAUUCUUCAUCAGCUGUGGUUUACAUCAAUGUGUUGGACUCGUACAUUAUCUCUGUGGACCAGAGCCUCAACAUAUACGUUAAAACCUGGUUGACAACACAAUUGCAAUUUGGUGGGAAUUUUACAUUCUCUUGUUCUCAGGAUCCCUUUUUUGCUGUUGGUCCGGACGUACUCCCUCCUUGUAAAAUUGGAAGUCCUUUGACCGACAACUUUGAGCCUGGAGCACAGUGCUUUGCAACCUUGCAAACACCAUCUGAGAACUUCCUCAUUUCUUGUGGCAACUGGGAAAACAGUUUCCAGGUCCUGUCCCUUAAUGAUGGAAGGAUGGUGCAGAGUGUCAGACAUCAUAAAGACGUCAUUAGCUGUGUUUCAGUGACAGAUGAUGGAAGCAUACUUGCUACCGGAAGUUAUGAUACCACUGUUAUGGUGUGGGAAAUUCUUCGUGUUAGAUCUGCUGAAAAGAGAUCUAGAAAUACACGGACGGAGUUUUCAUGGAAAGACUGCAUCAUUGCUGAUACUCCAUUUCAUAUUCUCUGUGGACAUGAUGACAUCAUUACAUGCAUAUGUGCAAGUAAUGAGCUUGAUCUAGUAAUAAGUGGUUCAAAAGAUGGAACUUGUGUCUUCCAUACUAUACAAGAAGGUAGAUAUGUGAGAUCUAUUCGACAUCCUUCUGGCAGGCCAUUGUCCAAGCUUGUUGCUUCUCGCCAUGGCCGGAUUGUCCUGUAUGCGGAUGAUCUUAGUUUGCAUCUUUUUUCCAUAAAUGGGAGGCACGUUUCAACUGCUGAGUCCAAUGGCCGCCUUAGCUGCAUUGAACUGAGUAGUUGUGGUAACUUUCUCGUUUGUGCUGGAGAUCAGGGACAGAUUACAGUACGCUCUAUGAACUCCCUUGAAAUUCUUGUGAAAUAUACUGGUUUUGGAAAAUCAAUAAAUUCACUGUAUGUGACCCCUGAAGAAUGCUUCAUAGCUGGGACUAAAGAUGGAAGCCUUCUAGUAUAUUCCAUUGAAAAUCCCCAACUUCGUAAGGCUAGCCUUCAAACGAACUCAAAGUCAAAAACAUUUGUGACAUGACUUCAUAAGUUCAGUUGUGGAUGCACAAGUGAAAGGGAGCGCCAUCCUGGUAUGAGAUGCAAGAUGCUGUUGUUGGUCGUCAAAAUUUUGCUGGUCAGCGUUGGGACAUCGGUGCUUGAUAUGGAGCACACGUGCUCUGUUUUUCCUCAUUAUUGACAUCUUGAAUACUGGAGCAACAGAGAUAAAGAUGUUGUGAAGGUGGUAGAGGCGAACAAGGUUGCCUCUGGCAUGCAAGUUUUUGACUAGAGAGAGAGAGAAAUGUACAUGCUCUUGAUAGCAAUGAAAAGACUAAAUGUAUGAUAGAAGGAAGAAGAUAGUUGUAAUAUGCAGAAGCUGAAAUAUGAAAAAAUAACAGAAGAGGGACAAAGAAUCCUAGGCAAUGCAAUCAGUGCGAUUUGUGCAGUGUUGUAAAUGUAAUAUAGGACACUAUCUGUAUUGACAUUAAUGCAUUUACAUUUUGUAUGUGCACUUGAAACUAAUUUCUGAGUGAGUUGUGCCAGCUGCAGCUGCAGUGGUUGAUGUUUAUUA